GAGUGGGGGGAGGCCUGGCUAAAGUGAAAGCGAGCUACUGGGGAUAAUGGGCGACGUUUGAUUGGGAAAAGAGUUUCUCAGCCGCAGCCUACCUAGCCUAUAUGCCUGUGCUGGAAAUCAACAAAGGGAGCCUACAAACUGGAAAGACCUAUCCAAGAGAUGGACGACAGCAGUGCCUACAUAGAGUUUGACGUGCCAGAGUUCAGCAACACCGUUCUCAACCAACUCAAUGAGUUGCGGCUGCAGGGGAAACUAUGUGACAUCAUCGUUCACAUCCAGGGCCAGCCUUUCCGUGCCCACAAGGCCGUGCUGGCGGCCAGCUCACCGUACUUCCGCGACCACUCGGCCCUGGGCACCAUGAGCGGCCUGUCCAUCUCCGUCAUCAAGAACCCUGAGGUGUUUGAGCAGCUGCUGGCCUUCUGCUACACUGGCCGCAUGUCCCUGCAGCUCAAGGAUGUUGUCAGCUUCCUCACAGCAGCCAGCUUCCUGCAGAUGCAGGCCGUCAUCGACAAGUGUACCCAGAUCCUGGAGGGCAUCCACUCCAAGAUAAGCAUCCCCUCCAGUGCCACAAGCCCAGACAAGGAGGGCUCCCAGGCCAGCCGCAAUGGUGUCAAAGACAGCAGCCUCUUCAUCAACCCCACACAGAUCUCCCCCCCAUACUACUCCAGGCACAGCAUAGAGGCCCGCUCUGAGCUGGCUGCAGGGAAAGGCCAUGGCAGGGCGCGGUACCAGGAGGAGGGCCAGUCAGAUCGUGGCAGUAGUGACGGUGUGUCAGAGCAGGAGGCAGCCAUGGAGGGAGAGACAGAGCAGGUGGAGCUGAUUGGGAAGGACGGCCAGGUGACAGACGUGCACGUGAAGCUGGAGAAGGCAGAUAGGCCCAGCUACUCGGACAGCUCCUCGGCAGGCGACGAUGGCUACCACACAGAGCUGGUGGAUGGAGAGCAGGUGCUGGCUGUCAGUGUUGGCUCCUAUGGUCCCGUCAUCCAGCCAGCUGGCUACACUUACUCAGGCCUGUCGUCCCCCUGCUUUGUGAGCCUCAGCAGCUCCAGCCCCUCCCGCUCCAUGCUCAGUGGCUUCAGGGGCGGCAGAGCCAGAGCCAAGCGCCCCCCAGUGACCGUCCCAGCAGAGGUCCUGGGUCAUAUCAAACCGGGAAACACUGAGGACAGCAGCGAGGCGGUGUUGGGCCAAGUAGGUUUUGAGAACGAUGUGCGAGAGCGGAGCCUGCGCAGCCAGUGGUACCCCUACAACGAGAGGCUCAUCUGCAUCUACUGCGGCAAGUCCUUCAAUCAGAAGGGCAGCCUGGACCGCCACAUGCGCCUGCACAUGGGAAUCACACCCUUCGUCUGCAAGUUCUGCGGCAAGAAGUACACGCGCAAAGACCAGCUGGAGUACCACAUCCGCGGCCACACGGACAACAAGCCCUUCCACUGCCAGAUUUGUGGCAAGUGCUUCCCCUUCCAGGGGACCCUCAACCAACACCUGAGAAAGAAGCACUUGGGGGCCUCAGAGGGCCCCAACCACAUGGACUCUCCAGAGAGGACGGAGGGCAUCUCUGGUCAGAAAGACCCAGAGGAUGCCUCAGAGGGGAUGGCCUUUGAGACGCAGUAUGCUGAGGAGGCUCCGGCCAACGACAUGGAGGAGAGCUCAAAGUGCAGCCCUGAGGAAGCCGAGGCGUCCAGAUGUGAUUUUUAGGCCCUGGCUCUGGUUGAGGAAGCUUUAAGAUAUGUUCUUUAAACGUUUAGGAUUUGUUUUUGAACCGGCUCCUUUCAAUGUUGAACCUACUUUGUGCAUCCGUUUUCUGCUUGUCCAUCCAUUUUUGUGAAAGUCAACUGUUGCUUAAUGUAGAAGAAGAGGAGAAAGGGGUACUUUUUAAAAAUAGAUUUCAAAGGGAAGGGGUAUCAACUUGCUAUUGAUAAGGUGCCCUCAAUAAUCAAGGCCUUUUGUUUUCGCUUUAAAAAAUAUAUAUGUUUUUAAAACAUAUUUACAGAGUAAUAUAGGCAUGUUGCAAUAAUUGAUAAUGUGAAAGCUCUGAUAAGAUGCUUAUCAUAUCAUGUUUUUACCUGACCUGUUUUUGCACAUGUGGCCAAAGGAGGUCACUUUACUCACAAGGAAUUAUUUUUCUGCCAAGUGCAAAGCUUUGUGUGAAAUAUCCGUUCAAUACCUCAUGAUACAACUACAUACUCAUAACAGACAGUAUUUUAGCUUUUAUGAAACUCCACCGGGUUCUACCUCAUAUCCAAGAACCUACCAAGAACAGAAGUGUUCACCGUUUUAAAAACAAACCGUUUUGCUUUAGGGUCUCUGUUUCAUUUGCCAAACUCUAGGCAGAACAUCCUCAGUCCCAACGCUAAGCCUUGAUACUUUAGACUAAUAUUCCUUGCUGAUUGUAUGAACGCUGGACCGUGUCCUUGUCCGUUGUUUCAUGGUCAGACAGGAUGUAAUGUGGGCAAAGAACGAAGGUGCUAUAUUGAUGUGUUUUAUGAAAUAUUAAGUGUGUUUGCAUUGAGCAUGCGCAAGGAGGACAGUGGAUAGAAUACAAUAAUGGAGGAUAAUACAUGACAUAUGAUUUUCCCUGUCUACAGCCAAUAUCUAUUUAAGCAAUAAGUCCUGAGGUGGUGUGGUAUAUGGUCAAUAUACCAUGGCUAAGGGUUGUUCUUCCGCAUGAUGCUCCGCGGAGUGCCUGGACACAGCCAUUAGCCAUGGUAUGUUGACCAUAUAUCACAAACCCCGAGGAGCCUUAUUGCUAUUAUAAACUCGUUACCAACGUAAUUGGAGCAGUAAAAAUAUAUAUAUUUUUCAUACCCGUGGUAUACAGUCUGUAAUACCAUGGCUUUCAGCCAAUGAGAAUUCAGGGCUUGAACCACCCAGUUUAUAAUUGUUUUUAGAACACACAGGACAAAUUCCUCUUGUCUGUAUCUUUUCACCACUGAAGGUCUGUGCUUUUUUUUAUAUUCUCUUCUUAAGCAAUAAGGCCCAAGGGUGGUGUGGUUUAUAGCCAAUAUUCCAACGCAAAUGGCAUGUUCUUAUGCACGACGCAAAAGAGUGCCUGCAUACUGCCCUUAGCCAUGUAUGGUAUGUUGACCAUAUAUCACAAACCCCUGAAUUGCCUUAUUGCUAUUAUAAACUGGUUAUCAAUGUACUUUGAUAAGUAAAAAUACAUAUUUUGUCAUACCUGUGGUAUACGGUCUGAUAUACCAUGGCUAUCAGCCAAUCAGCAUUCAGGGCUUGAACCACCCAGUUUAUAAUAUAUUUUAAUCCACAUGGGAUCAAUGAUUUGAUCCUCAUACACAGUGAAGUCAUUUGGAGUGUCUUCCAUUCUCUUGAUGUUUUAGUUUGUUAAUUCUCAACCUGUUUAUGUGAAACUCUUAGUUUAUUUGUGUGAAGAUUAUGCUCAGUGCAGAGUCCCACUCAUUAGCUUGGUACAGCAAGGGCAGUCCUGCCCUGAAUCUGCAUAGAAUCAAUAUGCAAAUAACAACAAAGGAAUAUCAGCCAUCUUGUCAUGGCAUUUCUUUAUUCACUCUCCAUUUCAUUAGGACUCAUGUUCUGCUCACAUUCACUGUUUCUGCCCUUCCCUGAUCCGACAUCACUGUUGAGAUGAGGGAAUCAAAUGGGAAACUCAUUGAUGCCUCAUUAGAAAAUAAGCUCUUGAUGGUAUUUUGAGAGAAGCUUGUGAUCCAAAGUAAUGGUGCACUUUUUGUGUUUCAAAUAGAAUCGUCUGAAUGGAGACUUGGUGAUAGUUUUGUUAAUUUUUUUUAAUGUCUUGAAGAUCAAUGGUGACCAUAAAUGUAUUCGGCACUAUGCUACUGCUUUUUAAUAGUCAGGAAUCGAAUUGGAAUUGCUUCGGUCAGUGUAAGCCCUUUUGACAGCUGAUGUUGAUAGCUAGCUAUUUCAGUGUUAAUGGGUAAAUAAUCAUUGAAGGCACUGUUGGUCUUGAUCUGCUUGUUUCGAGAUUAGCUGGGCUGUCAGGGCCUAGCAGUUGGACGAAUGUCAUUGACCAUAUUUCAAAACGCUAAUUUCGUUAUUCAUAUAGUCAUAACUCACAAAUGCACAUAUGGUGGUGAUGGGGGGGGUAUGGUUGUCAGACCUAUAUUGCAUUUCAUGACUAAGCAUUGCAAUGCAGAAUGACAUGGCAUAGUACAGGCCCAGGGAUUAGCUGAACUGGCUUUCAAAUUAUUCUAUGUCGAAAUGCUUCUAACUAUGGUAGUUUUGAGAAAUACAGGAAUAAAUUAUUGCGCCAACAUGCUAGUCCAGAGUAAGCUCUUUUUAAAGGCCCAGUGCAGUCAGUGAUUUUCCAUACCUCUUUGCCAAUAACAGUUUUCCCUUCCCAUUCAGACCACUCCCAGACAUUCCUAGCAAAAUACUUGCUUGAAAGUUUGUUUGCUAAAAAGCCAUUUUUGUCCAUUUUUAUAAAGUCGAUUACUUAAUUGUUACCCAUAAAUGAUUUCAUAUUGAUAUAAAAACAGCUGCAUUGGGCCUUUUAAGAUCAGGUGGAAAGCUGAUCCUUAAAGAGCACUUUUUGACAAGUCAUUUUUCCCCCUUAUCCCUCUUCUUGCUGAUUUGCUAUUUCAGCAGUGUGACGCUUUCCUUGUAUCCUAUGUACCUAUUUUAGUUUUUACACAUGAUCACAUAACUACAGUAAGCCUUCCAAGGUGGUAGAAGGCUCAAAUAAAAUGUUAAUUGUCACAUGGUUCACUGUUUAAAAGAGUCCUGAAUACACCAGAGGUCCAGGUAGGUGUGAAAGAGCAUUUCCUCUUCAUUUAAUGUAGCACCACCAUUUAUGAUACCUGUUAUUUUUUCGGUUGUUAGUGCCCUUUAAAAAAAAAACGUUUGUUUUCAUAUUGGUAUUGAGCAGUUUUGCAUGCAUGGCCAGUGUUUUACCCUAUAUUUAUUUAGCAUUGUCGGCCACUUCAAAACAAUAGUUUAUAUUAUGACACUUCCACUGUGGGGCUCUAUUUGUCUCUGCAAUUUGAAGAAAGUAGAAGGUAGUUUUGCAAACCAUUGCUAACUAGCGUUAGCACAAUGACAGGCAUGCUAGCUGUUGAGCUAUUGCUAGUUAGGAAUCUUCCUUUAAACAGCAGCGCGUCUUUGCAGAAAUACAUAUGUGUAUUUCUGCCCAGACAUGCUUUUAAAGUGAUGGUGUGAGAUUUUGCCAAUUUAGCACUUUUUCUACAUACCCAGUCAGAUGAACUCAUGGAUACUAGUUUUGUUUCUGCAUGCAGUUUAUUGAAGUUUCUAACUAGUGUUGGCGCAAUUGCUACCUAGCGUAAGCGCAAUGACUGGAAGUCUAUGGGAACAGCUAGUGUGCCUGUCAUUGGCAAACACUAGUUGGCGAUGGCUUGCAAAAACACCUUCUACUUCCUUCAAACUGCACGCAGAUACAUAAAUAUAGCCCCACGGUGGAGGUGUCAUAAUAACCAUAAAACCUAGCUGUCAAAAGAGGGAAAUGGUUCCAAUCGUUUUUCCAUCAUUCAUUUUCCCCAUAGGGAAUUUUAUAAACACUUAAUAUAAGGGCUGUUUCUCGUGUAGGCUUAUCCUGGUGUGACGUUUUGAUCAUGUAAAUCUCUCUCUCGGACAAGGAGACUUUUAUCAAUAUAUUUGGCUCUAUUUACUCUGAUUCAAAAAUGUGAAUUUUCUUCAAAGUAGACAUCAUGCAAAACAACAUCUCUGCAAGCUCCGGCACUUCGUUUCUUGCUGAUAACUUUGCGAACAGGUAUAGUGAAUUUAAAUCUUGCGUAGUCUUGAGACAGUUAACAUAAUUGUCCAUUUAAAGAAAUGUAGCUGUUUUUUUAUUACAUUUAACUAACUUUAGAUUGUUAAUCCAGAGAUUCUUACCUUUGCCUCGAUUCGGCAGUCUUGUCCAGAUCAUCAUGGCAUUUGUAGUUCUUUAUGAUAGCCACAUUAGCCGCUAUUUAGCAUUUCAUUUUUGUGGGGUAAAUACAGACAAAUAUAUUGAUCAAGUCGCCUUGUCCUAGAGGGAUUUACUUGGUGAAAAAUGAUUGGAACAAUUUCCCUGUUUGAUCUCUAGGUUUUAUGGUUAUGACUCAUACUGUGGUACUCUAUUGUAUCCACAAAUUCAUCUGCCUGGGUAGGUAGGGCUUAGUUGCCAAAAUCUUAUCCCUUUAAGAUCAGUGUGACAAAUUCAAGCUGAUAUUUGUAGUGAGCAGAGCGAGCACAGCCACCACAUGCUCCUUAUCUCCCUACAGUGCUGUAGUGGCGCUCCUUAUCUCCCUACAGUGCUGUAGUGGCGCUCCUUAUCUCCCUACAGUGCUGUAGUGGCGCUCCUUAUCUCCCUACAGUGCUGUAGUGGCGCUCGUCAGUUCUAUUUCCGAUGGUGUCAACAUAAUUACAUUUUCAUGUGUUUUGCAGUAGAUUGUCUUGAAGUCAUCAAAUUAGGUUCUCACAGCCAGCAAAGAAAACCAGCCCACCCCCCUGCUUCCUUUGCCACUGGUGUUAAAAUAAAAUACUAGGGGAAACACUACUGUUCAUAUCGUUAGGUCACCAAUAGUCUCUCUAUGCCCACAACACAAUGGGUUCAUUGUUUUGAUGUCCAUCGUCUUGUUUCACCAGAUGCCAUGGAAACCAAAAGGGUCCUUCUCAAAUUUAGUGAAUUCUGAUUUGCUAUAGUCUUGUUGCUUGUCUGUUUUUGAAUAUGGUGACGGGCCCUUUCCCUUUGUUUUUCCCUGUUUUUUUAUUUUUUAUUUUCUCUCACAUAACAUGCUUGACAGUGUUGUGGCCGAAAGUCAGCCACAAUCUAUUUUCCACUGUCUGAAUGCCUACUAGGCAGAAGUCUAGAAUGUCAUGUUCUGUGUGGUAACCGUCUUUGUAAAGUCUUAUAACCCUGCUCAUAUCGAAUCUGUCCCCCUACCGAUUUAAGAGGGAAUUGACCUCGUCACAUAAUUGAAUCCUUCUCAUGAUGUCUCGCGUUAUUAGAACAGGGGCAGACUAGGUUAUUGUGCCAUGAGUCCAACAGACGAUAGAUAGCAUGAUGGAUAAUCCUCCAUAGAAAACAAAUACUGAAAGACAAAGGUCUGUCUAUACAUUUAGCCAACAAGAGGCAAGAUGAGUUUCCUACAUAAGAUGUAGCCUGGUUCCUAUUUUCCAAUUCCUUUCUAUUUCCCACAGUCUUGAGCAUGUUGCCAGAUAUAUUUAAUAUCAUGAAAGAAAUUGUACAGAAAUUGAGUUUGUUUAUUUAUAUAAUUGUAAGAUGCCAACCAUAUCAAUCCUAGUAAUAUUUAGAAGAACAAAGGCUUUUGAAACGUGAUCUGUGCCUUGCCACACAAACUAUAUCCCUGACUCCAUGGCACUUACAGUGGACCUCUGUUUUGUGCCUGCCUUCAAUGUAAAGAAUGAAAGGGGUUAAGGGGAAGGUAUAUCUAUUGAUAAAAUACUGUUGAUUUCACUUUGAUUUGGAAAAAUCUUUCCUGUGAUUUAGUUUAUGCAACAAUUAAAUGUCUUAAAGGGAAUGAGCACAUAAUUGAGAAUAGUUCAGCAGUGAGGAGAAUCAUGUCUUAGAUAUAUGCCCGAGUUGAUCUCUUAAAUUAUGUUUACAUGCCACCUCCAUUUUGUUUCAGCCGUACUUAUUUAGCCCUACUAUUUCCUUGUCGUCAGACCCCAUUUGAUAUCCAUUAAUAAUGUGAUGAAUUGUGUUUAUGGUAAUAUGGUGACUUGCAUGGCAUCUAAUCACAGUCGUGAGCUGUUUUGUUCCUCUCUCCAGAGGCUGUUUUGUAUGUUUACUCUAGCCUUUCUGUUAGCACUGAGGACAAUCGAAGGCAUCGCCUUCAGUCUCGGAGAGCGCGAGAGAGAAGAGAGUACAGCUAGACUCUCCCCCUCUCAAGAUUCCUUUUGUAACAUCUGACCAGGGGGGACAGCUGCUUGAGAAUGGGCAGAUUUUAAAAACAUGACAUUUGUAGAGUGAAAAAUGGAAAGAUUACCCUGUUGUAUUGCACGUCACUCACCCACAAAAUAGUUUUUGAAAUGCCGAUGGCUGGUUUUGGAACACAACAUUAGUUAUUGUGUUUGUCUCAUCUGGCAUGCACUUAGAAAUAACCUGUCUUUGAUACAUUCAUAUUCCAGAGAGGAUCUAUUCAUAAUUUGUCUCCACCUCAAGGGACUCUAUUACUUUAUCUUAAGGGACCUUUUUACCCUUAAAUGGUGCUUAUAGACUGGUCUGUUUAUAGAUUUUGAUAUACAAAAUACUAUACACUUGCAUAUUUACAUUAUAGGGGGGCAAUUUGUGUAAAUGCUUUUAUCAACUUUGGUUACUAAUGUCACACCACUCACCAACCAACUGAACCUGACACUUAUUUGCGUUCACUCUGUUUGUUCAAAACUAUUCACAGAAAAGCUAGGAGGGAGAUGCUUGUGGGCCAGAAGUAAUCAGAAGGAAGUGUUUACAGGGAAGGCUGUUUGACUACUUUUUGAAUUUUUGAACAGACUAACUUCAGGUAGUUUAUGAACACUGAUAUAGACUUUAACAAAAUCUGAAAGUCUUCCAUAGCUUCUCUCGGCCUUUCUCCACUGUGUAAUAUACAAAAGCAAUAACCUUUUUAAAGGGGAUGUAUUGUUAUCAGUGAGCCUAAUCUAAUUCUGGGCCUGUCACAUCUCAACUAAACAUUGAAUGUCAGGGAGCUAUUGAAUUGAAGUAGGACGAGGACAAUUUGAUAUUGAUAUUUUUUUAUAUAUUUUGUGAGUCUUUGGACAGGUUGAGUGAAAAUGCUCAUUAGGUGAGACUGGUAUUGCUGGUCUUCUAAGUAUGCAUCCAAAGCCUAUGACUGUCAAUUAACUGCAAUGCAAAAGCUAAGCAUGUGAUUCAGUCAAACUCAAUGGCACUGGUUUUAAAGUUGCACCUCCAUCUGUAUCAAAUACUGAAAGGGAUUGUGGUCUGCAAAGCCACAUUGGGAGUGGCGACCUGUGUUCAUGCUAAAAUGUAAAGGUCUCCCCUUUCCCCUCGUGUACUGAGACUGAAGUUUCAGCUGGUCAGAGUGGAAUUGGUCAGUGCUGCUUUAACUACAUGUUAAGACUGGCCUGUUUCCUUUGAUGUGAAACUUCUUGGUCUCUGACAUUUGGUGGUGUCUGGAUAUCAUGUAUUUUGUUGAUAUGGCACAAAAAAAUAAGUAGAACUCAGGGUUUAUACUAGUGUUAUAAAGUGGUCACUGGGCAUACAGCUCAUAUGCGUAGAAUUCAAUGUGCACUUCUCUUCAGGUGGGGAAACAAAUCCUCAGUCAGUGGUUCCCAAACAUUCUGCCUCAAGGGUCUCACUGAACCCAUGUUUUCCGUUCCCCCUCUGCAUGCGUGUGACAAGCACAGAGGUUCAAUGUUGAGGAACAGGGGAGACCUUUUAGUUUGGCCAGGUGUCAGUCCACCUCCCUCUAAUCCACUCUACAUACAACCCAACUGUGAACCUCAGAACUCUACUGUUAUGUACAACUAUGAAGUAAAUUAAGCUAGCUAGAGCUGAACUAUUAACUUGCCAUUUAUGAAUUUAUUUUAUAGCAUGAAAUAUAUGAUAUAUUUAUUCAAAUUAUAUUUUACUCAUAAUCAUUCUGUGCUGCUUUUUGGGGGUUCUUACGCUUGUAAAUUGCUUUUUUAUGAUACAAAGAAAUGUCAAUAGAAAAUGCGUUUGUUUGUAAAAUAAAGAUGCUGAUUUGGCA